AUGAUUGAACAAUAUAUUAUCGAUUCUGAAAUUAUUGAAGAUGAAGUUGAUCGUCCAGUUUCAGUUUACAAUUUAAAUGUUUGUUUAAAAGAAGACAUUGAUUUUAGAAUAUAAGAUUGUUAAUUAAAUGAACCUGAUAUAUAAGAUUUAGAGUAAAAAAUGAAUAAGCUAAUUUAUAAUUCUUGUGGUUUUAAAAAAGGAUUGAUUUAACAUAAGAAACAACUCUAAAACUCAAUAGAGAAUCGAACUAAGAAUCAAUAGCUAUUAUUUAAAAAACCAAUAUAACCGAUCUAAUAAUUAUCUAUAGUUUCUAAUGGAGAUCAAUCAUCAUUGUUUUCAAGGAAGGAAACAGUUCCUAAAAUCAAUUUUGUCGGAGAAAUGAAAGAAAGUUAAAACUAAAAUACAACAAUAGAUUUAAGAAAAAACUUAAAGCUACAUACACAUGGUUCAUUUGAUAUUACUAAAUUAUAAGAUGGUUUAUCGCCAGCUGUAAAUAAUCGAUUUUCUUCUAAAAAGAAAUCAUAAUUCUCAUAAAGAUCACAUGAGACCUAUAAUUCAUAUUUAGAUUUAUCUUACAACAAUACUUAACAAAUUCCAUCAUAAAAUUCAAUACAUUAUCAAGAUACAAGAAAAGAGAGAUCCAAAAUUGCGAAGACAACUAUUAAAUUCGUUUAAAAUAAACAUAAUUAGAAACUUAGAAUUUCAUAAUAAGCAAAUUCAUAAAGAGCAUCUUAAUUAUCUUUAUUAUAAUUAGAAUAUGAAGGAAUAAGAGGAAGAUCAUAAAGUUCAGUUUCAACUCCAAAAAGUAUUUUGAAAAACCCUUCACUUUAAAAUUCUUAAUUGGAAAUAGCAAGCAGAUUAAGUUUCUAAAGUAGGCUAAGUUUUUCAAGUCUUAAUAUAACAAAUUAAUCUCCUUAAAAAUAACAAUAAAAUUCUUAAUCUCCUCCAAAAAAAGUUAAAUUUUGUUUAACCAAAAAAUAAGCUAGAAGAGAAAAUAUUCCAUGUUGA